UGGCUUUCUUAAUCACUUUUCACACAAAUGACAUUAUUAAAAGCGUGCAGAAUUUUUUCUGUGCUUUUACUUAUCACAGCUCUAUUUCAGUGCUAUAAUGCCGAAGAAGUUCGAUUGACAAGCGACGAUUAUUCUGCUACUUCAUGCUCCGGUGUUUGGAGUAAAGAAGCUAUUCCAGGUGGCUCACAGCCCUAUAUCCAAAUUUCGAUUGAUAAAAAGUCAAAGGGUAAAAUAGCAAUGUUAAUAUAUGAAUGGGAAGACUUUCAAAAUCUCGGUGCUGUAGAUCCAGAAACAAACGACCGUGUUUACAUUUGUGAUUCUUCAGCAGCCAAAAAAAAAUUAUGUAAAGAGUCUGAAAUUGGCCAAUUCAUUACUUCUGUACCUGCCGGCCAAAAAGACACUAGCAUUGUAACCGAAAGUGUUGUUAUGAAUGGAACACGAACCGAGAUGGCGCUUUAUAAAGUCGAAAAGACUGGCUAUUACUGUGUGGCUUUAGUACCUGCAGGAGACAAUUCUGUGUUUGAAGCUUGGGUGGAGUGGCGAUUCCCUUAUGGUGAAUUACCCGCAGGCGAUUAUCCUAAAUUACUGUUGUAUGGAGCUUUUGCUUGUGUGUAUUUAGCAGUUGGCAUAUUUUGGGCUAUUCAAAGUUAUCGUAAUUGGGAUGAUAUUUUACCCGUCCAGCACUUUUUGUCGAUGGCUAUCUUUUAUCUUAUCGUGGAAAUGGCAUUCAAUUUCGGAUAUUGGGAAGCUUAUAAUCAAACCGGAAAGACCUCAUACGGCUUAUUGGCUCUUGUUGCAUUAUUAAAUGCAGGUAGAACUAGUAUGUCAUUCUUUAUGUUGUUGAUUGUGUGUAUGGGUUACAGUGUUGUAAAGCCUAGUCUAGGCUCAAUGAUGAAAAAGUGUGUCAUUCUUGCAUGCACCCAUUUCUUCUUUGGUGUAAUUUAUACCUUGGGUACAAUGCUUUUAUCACCCGAGACAGCCGGUUUAUUGAUUUUGCUGGUUAUCUUUCCCCUUUCAAUUACAAUGACAAUUUUUUAUGUAUGGACUUUGAAUUCAAUCACAAACACGAUCCGAGAUCUCGAGCUUCGUAAACAACAUGUGAAGGUUGUCAUGUACAAGCGACUCUACAAGCUCUUGUUGUUCUCGGUGAUUGCUGUGAUUGCUAUCUUCAUUCUCAACAUGUUUGCCUUUUCGGGUCGUAUGGCAAUUGACUGGGCAGCAAAUAACUGGAAAUACCGCUGGAUCAUGUUGGAUGGUUUACUGAACGUUUUGUAUUUCAUUGUCUUUUUGAUCAUCAUCAUCUUAUGGAGACCCACCAGUAAUAAUUCCAGAUAUGGAUUGAUGCAAAUCAGUCAAGACGAGGAGGAAGCACUUGAUUUGGAAGAGCGCUUGCGUAGAGUGGAAGAUGCCGAAAAUGGUACCAGUACUACUGGACCUGGUGACCAUCGCAAUCGAGAUCAUCAUCAGCUUGAUACCGAAUCAGCUAUUUUUGAACUCGGUGGCGAACUUACAGAUGAAGAAGAGGAUCACCAACCUAUUCAUAAAAACGUUGAGCUUUCAGAUUUAACCGGUCAUACAAAUACCGCUUAUCGCUCAGGAGGUAGAAAAGGAGAACAAAGUGCUUUAUUACAUGUUGAACAGGACGACGAUGAUGAUGAGUACGAUAACCAUAUGGACGAUAAUGAGAAUUCUAGACUAACAGAAAAUGCUAGAAAGUCAUCCUAAUUUAUAAAUAAAUAACAAAUCUGCACAACCCGAUUUCGUUUUAUGGUUUCACGUUUCACGCACUGCUGUAUUACACACUGCCAAAAUUUCGGGACAUAAACCUUUGUAGAUACUUUAGUUAUG